AUGGCCUCUGAGAAUUAUUUUUCGGAAUGGGAACAAAUAUGUUUAGAAUUUUUUAGCAAUAACGAUAAAGAUGCUGAAGCAGUAGUUGGGCUUGUAGAAUUUGCAACAUGUUCUAAUAGAGAAGUCACCGUCAACAUCGAUUCUAUCGAUAAAAAUUUGAGAAAGGAAAAAAUUGAAGAAUUACUAGCAAAAAUUGGCUUUGAUAAUGGAGUAAUGCUUCAUCCUCAAGAGUUUGAUAAAUAUCUUGAAACUAAACGAAAAGUUCGAUCCGAAUUUCACCGAAAGAAAGCCAUCGAACUUUUCAAAGAAUUAGAUAAACUGUUACAUUCAAAACCUGCUAAAUACACACCACUUCACCGGCUUUCAGAACUUGAAACUUAUCUUACACAAUAUAAGACGUCAGUUGGAGCUCUUCCGUUUAUAAAGGGAUUAUUGCAUGUUUUUAAACUUCAAUUGCACCAAUCUACACUUGCUUCAUGGACAUUUUUAGAUAAUACUUUAACCCAAAACGGGAUCGACUUUAUGAGGGCUACAGUUAAUUUGUUAGUCAAUGUAUUAGGGUUUGUGCAUACGGUUCAAGAAGCCGACGAAAGUGGGGAACAAGGUAGUCUUCGUACGUGGUAUAUUGAUAAUACAUUAAGUGAUUCCGAAAUUUUAACACUUAUCAAGAAAUUCCCAAAAGAAACAUACCUUAGUAACGUUAGAGCAACAGGCUUAAUAGAGCUAUCUUCUCAACAACGUUCCCCAAAUUUAAUUAAAACUUCAAAAGGAAACAUUUACGAAAAGUUUUUCAUUCAACCGGGUCGCGAACCUGACGUUUACGAUUUAGAUCAGAUGGGCAAGGAACUUCAAACAAUUAUACAUGAUACACAAGACAACGAAAAUUGGGUUCACAAUUUUCUAAAUCAACCUAAUUUGAUAAAUGAUGAUCCUUUAAGUCAUAAUGUAGCUUUUGAAAAGAUUUUUAAUGAUGCUAAUGUUCAAGAUAAAUCAUGGGCAAAUGAAUUUCAGCAACAAAAUGAUGAUGAAUCAAAUAAAAUUGUUGAACAAAAAUCACCCGUAUCCAACGGCGACUGGGCAUCCGAAUUUAGUACAAAUACUUCUGAAGGAGAUGUUAAAGAUUUGGGAGAACUGCAAAGAGAUUAUGAUAGAUUACAUUACGGAUAA